AUGCGCUCAUUGGUCCUAUCGGCCGCUCUCGGCUUUUUGGCUUACACGCCGGCCUUAUCCCUCAUUCUGCCGCGCAAUACCACCGCCGACGAUAGUGGGACGGUACCCCUUCCCAGCCGCCUGCUUCACCAUUGGCCCAACGGAACAUGGGUUGAGAACAUCUCCGUCCGGCCGAAUGGCAACCUGCUGCUGACCACGUCGACGCCGAACGGCACGGUCUGGCACGUCAAGGAGCCCUGGGCCGAGAAUCCCGAGGUGGAGUUGGCUUACAACUUUGACGAGUGGGUGGACCGCCUGAUUGGCAUCGGCGAGACCACCCCUGACAAGUACGUUGUGGUUGGCUCUCGCUUCUACUCGCCCGACGCCCAGUCGAGCCAGGUCGACCGCACCUUCUGCGCCAUGGAGCUCGACUUCACCGCCGGGGGCGAUUCGCCCUCGGCGCGCCUGAUCGCCUGGUUCCCCGAGGCCGCCCUGCUCCAGAGCGUGGCCGCGCUGCCCUGGGACCGUUCCAAGGUGCUCAUCUCGGACCAGUACGUGCUGCGCGGCCGCUACCAGCAGGUCGACUGGACGCCUGCCCCGGGCCAGAUAUGGAGACUCGACACCGUCACGGGCGAGCACGAGGUGGUCAUGACAAACUACGCCGAGAUGAACACCACGUACGCCCAUGGGCCGGACGUCGGCAUCAAUGGCAUCAAGAUCCGUGGCGACCAGCUCUACUGGGUCAACCAAGACACGGGCGGCGUGUAUCGCUUGAAGAUCGACGAGGACGGCUACCCAGUGCCCCGGGAUGCUGUCCCCGAGACUGUCUCCAUCGUCGAAACCCUUUGGGAUGAUUUUGACUUCGGCCCCAACGGUGCAGACACCAUCUGGUCCACGGGUCUGAACAACGUGUGGGCCGUGAGCCCCGAGAAUGGCACCUCGGUCAUUGUGACUGGGGUCGGCACCAGUGACAACCUCACGUUCCCCGGACCCACGGCCGCCCAGUUCGGCCGGACCUCCAAGGAUUCGAACAUACUACGUGUGCUUGCCGUCGGCUUCUGGUCGGCAUACGUGGUCGUGAUAGGAGCAGAAAUUUCGAUUCUUCUCGGCUAG